AUGGGUUACGUCGUAGGAGAGGACGGACUGUCUAUCCAGGACGCAGCCUCGCUCGAUGCGUCCACCCUGACCCCGCUCACCCCGGAGGUCAUCAGCCGCCAGGCCACCAUCAACAUCGGUACCAUCGGCCACGUCGCGCACGGCAAGUCCACCGUCGUCAAGGCCAUCUCCGGCGUCCAGACCGUCCGCUUCAAGAACGAGCUCGAGCGCAACAUCACAAUCAAGCUCGGCUACGCCAACGCGAAGAUCUACAAGUGCGAGGACGACGCGUGCCCUCGGCCGGACUGCUACCGCGCCUACGGCAGCACCAUGACCGACUCCCCCGCGUGCACCGUGCCGGGAUUCGAGGACAAGAAGAUGCAGCUCGUGCGCCACGUGUCGUUCGUGGAUUGCCCCGGCCACGAUAUUCUCAUGGCCACCAUGCUCAACGGCGCCGCCGUCAUGGACGGCGCGCUCCUCCUCAUCGCGGGCAACGAGUCGUGCCCUCAGCCGCAGACCUCCGAGCACCUCGCCGCCGUGGAGAUCAUGAGGCUCCAGCACAUCAUCAUCCUCCAGAACAAGAUCGACCUGGUCCAGGAGAACGCGGCGGCGAACCAGUACGACACCAUCUGCAAGUUCAUCCAGGGCACAAUCGCGGAUGGCGCGCCCGUGAUUCCGAUAUCUGCGCAGCUCAAGUACAACAUCGACGUCGUCUGCGAGUACAUCUGCAAGAAGAUCCCCGUGCCCGUGCGCGACUUCACGGCUCCCGCGAACAUGAUCGUGAUCCGAUCCUUCGACGUGAACAAGCCCGGCGCGGAGGUUGACGACAUCCAGGGCGGCGUCGCCGGCGGGUCCAUCCUCCAGGGCGUCCUCAAGGUUGGCCAGGAGAUCGAGGUCAGGCCCGGGAUCGUGUCCAAGGAUGCGGAGGGCAAGAUCAAGUGCACGCCGAUCAGCUCCCGCAUCGUUUCGCUGUUCGCGGAGCAGAACCAGCUCCAGUACGCGGUGCCCGGAGGUCUCAUAGGCGUGGGCACCACGGUCGAUCCCACCCUCACCCGCGCGGAUAGGCUCGUCGGACAGGUGCUCGGCGAGGUUGGCAAGCUUCCCCGCGUCUUCACCGAGUUGGAGGUUAACUUUUUCCUCCUCCGCCGCCUUCUCGGCGUCAGGACGCAGGGCAGCGAGAAGCAGGGCAAGGUGGCCAAGCUGAGCAAGGCGGAGGUGCUCAUGCUCAACAUCGGCUCGAUGUGCACCGGCGCGAGGGUGGUUGCGGUCAAGUCGGAUCUCGCCAAGCUGCAGCUGACGUCGCCGGUGUGCACCAAGGAGGGCGAGAAGGUGGCGCUCUCCAGGCGCGUGGAGAAGCACUGGCGUCUCAUCGGCUGGGGCCAGAUCCAGGCGGGUGUCCAGCUCAUGGACUGA